AUGGCCGGGCCGGAGCUCCUGCUGGACUCCAACAUCCGUUUAUGGGUUGUGCUGCCCAUCGUCUUUAUCACCUUCCUUGUGGGCGUCAUCCGACAUUAUGUCACUCAACUACUGCACAGCGACAAGAAGGUGGACCUGGAGCAGCUUUCUGACAGUCAGGUGCUUCUGCGCAGUCGCAUCCUGCGGGAAAAUGGCAAAUACAUCCCCAAACAGUCGUUCACCAUGAGGAAGCACUACUUCAAUGAUGAAGAAACGGGUUUCUUCAAAAAGGUCAAGAGGAAGGUGGUCCCCAAAAACCCAAUGACAGACACAAGCAUGCUGACGGACAUGAUGAAAGGAAACCUGACCAAUGUGCUACCCAUGAUAGUGAUUGGUGGCUGGAUCAACUGGGCUUUCUCCGGAUUUGUCAUAACCAAGGUUCCGUUCCCGUUGACAUUGCGGUUCAAGCCCAUGUUGCAGCGCGGCAUUGACUUGCUCACGCUGGACGCUUCCUGGGUGAGCUCCGCGUCUUGGUAUUUCCUCAACGUGUUUGGCCUCAGAAGCAUGUACAGCCUCAUCUUGGGACAAGACAACGCCGCGGACCAAUCGCGUGUCAUGCAGGACCAGAUGACCGGCGCCGCCAUGGCCAUGCCACCUGACCCCAACAAGGCUUUUAAAAGCGAGUGGGAGGCGUUGGAGAUUGUGGAGCACAAGUGGGCGCUGGAGAACGUGGAAGAGGAGCUCAUGGCCCGAGAGCUCAACUUUGCCGGCAUCUUCAGCCAGGACCUCAAGUCACCUGUCUUCUAA